ACUUUCGAACCUUUUUCGUGCCAUCCACACCAACAGUGGAAUAUUCCGAAUGAACUGCCAAUAAUUAGUGGCGGGCAUGGGCAAGGAGCAGCCACCGAGCCCCGAGGCCAGUUCGUCGGAGGGCAGCACCACUGACACGUCUUCGUCAGAGGAUGAGGAGCAAAUGACGGUCGGUGUGCUGUCGACCCCGAGCGUACCAGCCGUCGAGCGAGACGCUGACAAGGGCGAACAGCCGAGUGAAGAGACAGAAGGUGCGGACAGUGAUGAGCCGGCCAAGAUAGCGGGGGCGGAGGCAGCUGCUCCAGCCGAAGAGUGCAGCUCGGACGACGACAAGACGUGUAAGGCAGCCGACGAGGAGGCCAGCGAAUCCGCGUCGGAAGGGGAAUCUGAAGAGCAGCAGCUAGAUACGGAAGAUCUGGCAGUAGAAGAGGUGCCUGCCCAGGAGGGGGAAGCUGUCGCAGCUGAAGAUCAGGUGGCGGCAGAAGACCAGGAGGUGGCAGAAGGUCAGGAGGUGACAGAAGCUCAGGAGGUGACACAAGACCAGGAGGUUGCAGAAGACCAGGAGGCUGCAGAAGGCCAGGAGGUUGCAGAAGGCCAGGAGGUUGCAGAAGGCCAGGAGGUUGCAGAAGACCAGGAGGGGCAGCAAACCCGGGAAGUGGCAGGAGAGGAGGAGAUGGUUCAAGAUCAAGAGGCGCCACAAGACCAGGUGCCAGAAGACGAGGAGGUGGUAGGUGUACCUGAAGCGGAGGAGCUCCCACUCGAGGAGCAGGAAGAUAUGGCGGAGACACCGCCUGUGGAACAGGAGGUGACGGAGGAGCCACGCGAGGAGGAAAUGCUGGGUGAGGAGCAGGAGGUAGAGCAGGCUUCUAGCGAAGACCAAUGGGCAGAGCGAGAGUCCUCAUCUGAGGAGGAGGUAGUGGGGGCGGCGGAGGAGGAGCCACCUGACGAGGAGGAGGCGCCAUCCGAGGAACCAGAGCCUCAGCCAGAGCCCGAACCGGAGCCAGAGGCCGUGCCCUUGCUGCAGGAGGCACCACCGUCACAGCCUCGCAUACUAACCUCUGUCACCGACUGGGCAGCGAUGGCCGGGGACACGGCCCGCAGCGUACCACGGCUGGCGGCAAACGCGGCGCGGCGCGCCUCGCAGGUGAUGGUGGAGACGGCGCGAGACGCGCACCGCAACCUGCGGGUGGCGCCCAUCACCGUGCUCGCCAUCAAGGCCAUCAACCCGCUCGCCGACAUCACGCCCGAGGAGGUGUUCACGCUGCUGUCGAACAACCUGGCGGCGUCGUGCGUGACGUUCGCGGCGGGCGUGGCGUCCCUGGCGACGCUGCUGGUGUCGACGGGGCGCGGCGGCUCUGUGGGGUGCGCGUGCGCGGCCUGGCUGUCGGGCGCCGCGGCGCUGCAGACGCUGACGCGGUCGUCGGCGUCGGCGGCGGGCGCGGCGCUGGCGCUGUGCUACGUGCCCGUGCUGGGCGCCGCCGUGCUGGCCCGCGUCGCCGGCCUGCACGGCGUGAGCGCAGUGCCGCUGGCCGGCGCCGCCGCCGCCUGGGCCGCCCUCGCCGCCACGCGCCUCGCGCUGCUGCUGGCCGCCCCCGCGCGCGGCGCCGCCGUCCAGCGCGGAGACGUCAUCUUCGCCUGCGCCGUCGUCUACACCGCCAUCGCCGCCCUCGCCAUCGUCUGAACACUUGCCCUGGCCCAAUAAAGUCUCUACACGCUGUCUC